AGCAGUGGACACUGAAACUCCUCAACCAGGACCUCCAGCCUCUGUUUGGCGUCACUAUAUUUGAUAAGAUAUCUUAUUGCCUCAGAAAACUGGAACUGAGCUCAUCCGUUUUCUCUUUUCUUACUGGGCUUUUUUCAAUGAUAAUGUGUGGAUUUAUGAUGGAGAAUUAAGAUGGUGAGAAAGAAAAAGCUGCUGGUGUUUGGAAUUUGUGGAAGCAUGAUGUGGGAUGGAUAAACAACAACAAAACUCUAGUAUGGCCUCAAAUGACCCUGACCUUCCUGACCCCUCUGGUGACCCCCAACCUGGUGAUCUCAUUGAGAUCUUCAGACCAGCCUAUCAGCACUGGGCUCUAUACCUGGGAGAUGGUUACAUCAUCAACUUAACUCCCGUUGAUGAGAGCCACACAGCUGCCAUGUCCAGUGUGAAGUCCGUCUUCAGCAGGAAGGCAGUUGUGCGCAUGCAGCUGCUGAAGGAAGUAGUGGGAAGUGACUCGUACCGUGUCAACAACAAGUAUGACCACAACCACACACCACUGCCCAUCUGUGAAAUCAUCCAGCGAGCACAAGUCCUCAUUGGCCAGGAGGUGUCGUACGACUUACUGGGAAGCAACUGCGAGCACUUUGUAACCCUUCUGCGUUACGGAGAGGGGGUGUCCGAGCAGGCCACAAGAGCGAUUGGGGCCAUCAGUUUGGUUUCGGCAGCAGCCAGUGCCUUUUCUGUCCUGGGACUGAUCAACACACGAUCCAGAAACAGACCUUUCUGACAGCUGUUUUUCACCGAGGGGUGUUAUCUUCCAACAUUCAAAUUUAUCUAUGAUUUAAA